CACUCGCUCAUUUCUGAGUAAAAACAUAGUUGUGACAAACGCUCUCCUUCUUUCGGAAAGACACCAUGAAAAUCGUGCUGUUGGCCUUUUGUCUAGUGCACUUGGCAAUGUUUGCGUCCGUUUCUGCAGACGAAAAAGCGGAUCAAGCUUCCGCUGAAUUUGCUGCCGGAAUGGAGGGAAUGAAUUACAACGGCGAUGAAACCAAACAUCGGCCAAUCUUCAUUCUACCCCGACCUCCGAUCUAUGGUGGCUAUGGCGGAUACGGAGGUUUCCGUGGGGGAUACGGUGGCCAUGGUGGUUACGGCAAUUACGGAGGCUAUGGUGGAUAUGGCUUCGGACCAUAUUAUGGUUAAAGAAGAAAUCGUGAUCCCGCUCUGCCAACUAGCUCUUACGGACCGUCCAACGUCAUACGGCUUACGGACAAAUAUUAUUAUAGCCAAUCGAACACAGCAUUUGAAAGCGAAUCCUAAUAGCUACAUAUGUUUUGAUAUCUCAUUUGUCUAAGCUACUUCCGCACAUACUACUAUGCUUUUUGUUUUGUACUAUUCCCGGUUCCCUUCAUUUUAUACAAUAAAAAAUGUCACCUCGUGGCAAUCAACUGUG